AUUAAAUCAUCAAAAUAUUAUUAACUAUUCGCGAUAACAUUAAUGUGAAACAAAUUGUUUUAUUUAUAAAAAUUAAUUAACAAAUUAAUAGGUUGAAGAAAUAACAUAAUAAAGAGCUAUAGUCUUAUUUAAGUUAAAUUUUCAACAAAUUUAUAUUCCGUAGGUUGAGAAACACUGGUGCUUUCUCGUACCUGCGGGUACGACCGUGAUGUUUAGUGUGGUGUAUAUAGGUGUAGUAACGUAUUCGUGUAUUCACGACAUUCCUGUUUCGUUGCGCAUGCGUACCUGCCAUAGCUCCUCUCGACUAAUCGUUUCGUUCAUUUUCGUGUUACGAUUCGGUUGUGCUUUCGUUAGUUUGUUCGCGAUUGCCAGAGAUCAUUGUGCCCAUGCAUUUAUAGCCUAAAUUUGAAAUUGUGCAUUUAACUAAUUUAUGUGCGGGUGUACCUAUCUGUGUCAAAGAUAUUUAUUGUGUAUAUUUUUUGUGAAUUUAUUACCUGAUUAAGGUUUAGUGUAUACAGGUGUUUACUUCAGGUGACAGAAAGGUGCAUCUGCCUCGGAUUUUCAAUUUUUAAUUCUAUAUGUUCUGUAUUUAACUAUGCGUUUGUAAGAAAUUUAUUCGCUUUUUUGUGACCGACUAUUCAAAACUGAUAAACUCAUAUCAGAGAAUAUAAUUUCUCUGUAUUUUAUUGAAAUUAUAUAUACCUACUGUUCAGUUCAAGUAAUCGGUUCUACUAGCGAAGCAUUCAAUAAUCGAAAAACCUCGGACAUCCCUCAGUUCUUGUUAUUCAUCGAGCUUCGGCUCCAAUCUGGCCGAUAACGAAGGAUGGUAAGCUCCCGUUCGCCUGGUGUAAAUGUUUCACCAACUAAUAGCGUGGCUACAUCACGUGUCGUCGUGUCUGACAGUGACGUAGCUCGUGAUGGUGACGCCAUCUUACCGAGCACCCGCCAAUCAUAUCGUGUGGAGAACGAGGGUGGUCAUGUAAACGGAGCUCCUGGUGCUGUCGAAUGGAGCCAAAGUGAUCCGCCUUCGCUUUCUAUGUCGGUGGACUUGCAUAAUCUGGUCAAUCCGAAUCUUCAAGACUCUGGGCAUUAUUCCGCUAGUCCCGAACACGUUGAUGCCAUCGCGUCAUCUUGUAACAUUAAAUCUACGAAUAAUCACGAAGAAGAGGAAAGCUACGAAGCAUUUGGAUCUGUCGAAGGUGACGCUGAUGACGGGGUGGAAUCACCGGGUAGCAGUUCUGCACCUUCACCCACAAGUACUAGUUCUUUCAAAAAUCCAAGAAGUCCCAAUUCAACUAUAGGAAGACAUUCUUGUCUACGGACAUCACUUAGGCGAACACCGCCUUGUUCCGGAAGGAAGAGACUUAGUUCCAAUGCAUUAGCAAGUCAACUUUAUCGAAGCGGGAGCUUUAAUAGUUCUGGUAUAAGCUCCAACUGUGAUCCCGCGGACGAUAUGUACAGCGAUGUCUCUCUCGAGGAUGAUGUCAUUGAUCUCAAUCAUAAAGUUCAAAUGAUUCAAGAACAAAUGCAUGCUUUUCAAUCGGUCGGAGAAGAACGAUAUGUUAGAGCAAAACAAGAAAAUGCUACGUUACAAGCGAGAAUAUUAAUGUUAGAAGAAGCUGCCAAAGAUGCUGAAACUAGAGCUGAAGAAAGACUUCAAGCGGAACAACGAAGACAUAGAGAUUGGGCAAGUCGUUUAGAACGCGAACGUCAAUUGCAAUUAGAAAAUUAUGCUAUCAAAUUACAAGCAAUAGAAUUAGAAGAAACUAGUUUAAGAGAUGAAAUAGCAAGGUUACGCGAGCAACUCGAAAAAGUUAAAGUAGAGAAAAAUCGAUUAGAAAACGAUCUCGAAGAAGCUAGAAGAGAAAUAGAUAGCGCUCGUGAAAGUGAACGGCAAGCAAUAAGUCGAGCUAACGAAGCUCAUUAUCAACUUAAAGCUGUUAAAGAAGAGUUGACUAUGAAAAUUGAAGAUCAACAAAAAAUAGAAGAAUUAAUGCAACAAGUAGCACAACUUCAAGCUUGUAAUAAAAGUUUAGAAGAAUCACGAGAUGAAUUGCAAGCUGCAGCGGCUCUGCAGGCAGGCCGUGAACUUUUAAUGUUAAAUCCUUGUAAUAAUUCUGUUGAAAAAGGACCUAGUCUCGCUGUAGAAUUACUAGCUGGCAUGAAUCAAGAUCAGAUAGACGGUCAACUUUCUGGAGAUAAUGGUGAACCUUGUAAUAUAUCUGAAAUAAAACAAGCUUUAAAGGAACAACAAGAAGUCAAUACACAAUUAAGAGCAUACAUUGAUGGAAUUCUAUUAAACAUAGUUGAAAAUUAUCCCCAGUUGUUAGAAGUGAAACAAACUCAUUGAACUAUUAUAUGAAUAAUUAUUAAAUUUAAUGUUAAUUGUUCCA